AUGACCCGAUCACAAGCACUCGUUCUACAGGGGGGUGACCAUGAGUUUGCCAACGUUACGGUCGAUCUAAAACUUCUUCAAUCUCGAGAAGUUCUCGUCCGUCUCAAAGCAACUGGCUUAUGCCACACCGACAUCGCGAUCCAGCAGGGCAAAAUUCCAGUGCCGUUCCCCGUUGUAGUCGGGCACGAAGGAGCCGGUAUAGUCGAACAGAUUGGGAGCGACGUCAAGUCUGUGCAAGUGGGUGAUCAUGUCCUUCUUUCCUACUCCUACUGCGGGAAAUGCCAUACAUGCCAGCAGAGAAGACCAUUUGCAUGUGAGCAGAUGCUAAGCCGAAACUUUGGGUGCGCAAGACCUGACGGCUCAUGUCCUAUGCUAUGGCUUGGAAAAGAAACACACGGAUGCUUCUUCGGACAAUCCUCAUUCGCGAAUCCCGCAUUAGUUCAGGAGGCGUCGUGUAUCCCUGUGGACAAGUCGUUGCCACUCGAGCUUUUGGCGCCACUAGGCUGCGGGAUCCAGACCGGUGCCGGGGCGAUUUUCAAUGUGGUCAAACCGCUCGAGAAGAACGUUAGAUCGCUUGUCAUAUUUGGCAUCGGUGGUGUGGGAAUUGCUUCCCUUAUGGCAGCUAAAUACCUGUCAAGCAAAGCGUCGGGCAUAUUAGAUGUCAUAAUUGCAGCGGACCAUUACCUCAAGACGAUUGCCCAAAUAUGUGGGGGUUCCGGCGUUGACGCAGUCAUCGACUGCACAGGUUCGGUCCAAGUCAUCAAUGACAUGAUUGUGGCACUUGCACCCUGCGGCACAGCCGUGACAGUAGGCGCACCUCCGGCAACGGCGAGAAUGUCUAUUGAGGUUUUCCCUUUCAUUAAUGCGUGCAAGACAUACCGGGGUACACAUGCAGGCGAUGGCGUUGCCAAAACGUUCUUACCUUUUCUGGCAAAAUUACACCAACAAGGCGACUUUCCAAUUGACGUCUUGCAGAAGCAGUACAAGGCUAGUGAUAUCAACAUAGCCGUGAAGGAUAUGAGAGAGGGAAAAGUCGUCAAACCUGUGCUAAUCUGGGAUUAA